UUUGUUGGGUUCUUUCAGCCGAAAAUUUGCGGGUAAAAGAAAUAUGGCGAAUACUCCCUUGCCGCCAUCAAUUCCUUCACAAAUUGCAGCAACUCGCUUUGCUCGAAUACCUUCAUGUGUCUCUCUCAAAACCAUCUCUUCUUCUUCGUUGAAAAUCCCCCCAAACCAACAGCAACAAGGCCAAGUUGAGAACAUACACUUGGUUUCUUUGUCUAAUCAAGGGAAACUCAAAGAAGCUCAUAACUUCCUCAAACAAGUGGACGAAGCCGGCGUUCCCGUCAACCCCAACUCCUACAAAUCCCUCCUCGAAACCUGUAGCAAUAUGAGAUCAUUUUCGGAUGGCAGAUUGAUUCACCAACGUUUGCAAACAACGACGGGGAAUCCGUUUAGGUUUCUCGACAACUGUGUACUGCGAAUGUACUGUGAAUGCGAGAGCUUUUGGAACGCAGAGAAGUUGUUUGAUGAAAUGCCUGACAAAAAUGUAGCAUCUUGGGUUGUACUUAUCUCUGCUUUCUUAGAAAAGGGACAUUUAAAGAAAGCUUUUGGGUUGUUUUCUCAAAUGAUUGAGUUGGGAAUUGAACCGCAUUCUACCAUUUUUACCAGCCUCUUGAAGAGUUUAUUAGACCCUUCUGUUUUGGAGAUUGGGAAACAGCUUCAUUGUCUCGUUAUAAGAAUUGGAUUAAGCACCAAUGUUUCUGUUAUCACAGCAAUCUCCAAUAUGUACGUGAAAUGUGGGGCGCUAGAAAGAGCUAAGCUUGUUUUUGAUCAAAUGGUUGAAAGAAAUUCCGUUGCUUGGACGGGAUUGAUGAUGGGGUACACUCAAGCUGGCAAAGAGAAAUAUGCUUUGGUAUUAUUUGUUAGACUGUUAAAGGAAGGUGUUGAACUGGACGAGUUUGUGUUUUCGAUUGCUCUCAAAGCGUGUGCUGGUUUGGAGGAUUUGAACUUAGGGAGGCAAAUUCAUGGUUAUAUUGUUAAACUCGGGUUUGAAUCGGAAGUUUUCGUGGGAACUCCUGUUGUCGAUCUAUAUGUCAAAUGCUCGGAUUUCGAUUCUGCUUGUCGAGCUUUCGAGAGGAUAUCAGAACCAAAUGAUGCUUCGUGGAGUGCUAUAAUAACUGGCUAUUGUCAAAUUGGUAAAUUUGAGAAAUCACUGCAGAUUUUUAAAUCAUUGAGGAUGAAAGAUAUGGCUAUGAACUCAUUUAUAUACACUAGCAUUUUCCAAGCAUGUUCUGCCCUUGCAGAUUAUAACAUGGGCGCCCAAGCUCAUGCAGAUGAAAUAAAAAGAGGUUUAGUUUCAUAUCUUCAUGGAGAGAGUGCAAUGAUCACUUUCUACUCAAAAUGUGGUAGGCUGGACUAUGCAAAUCGAGCCUUCGAGUCUAUAGAUGAACCAGAUACUGUGGCUUGGACCGCAAUAAUAUGUGGUCAUGCUUAUCAUGGCAAUGCUUCUGAAGCCCUGAAGUUUUUCAGAAUGAUGCAGAACUCUACGGCGAAGCCAAAUGAAGUUACUUUUGUCGGGGUUUUAACUGCUUGUAGUCAUUCUGGUUUUGUUACAGAAGCUAAGCUGUAUUUAGAGUCAAUGAGCCACGAGUAUGGUGUGAAACCAACUAUCGAUCAUUAUGAUUGUAUGAUCGACACAUACUCUCGUGCUGGGCUGCUUCAUGAAGCAUAUGAGCUGAUAAAGAAUAUACCCUUCGAACCGGAUGCAAUGAGUUGGAAAUGCUUGUUGGGUGGGUGUUGGAUCCACCGAAAUCUCAAGCUGGGAAAAAUUGCAGCCAAAUAUCUACUUCAACUGGAUCCUGAUGAUACUGCAACAGGUUAUAUUCUGAUGUUUAACCUAUAUGCUUCACAUGGGAAAUGGGAAGAAGCGGCACGUAUAAGAAGUGUGAUGGGUGCAAGAAAGUUGAAAAAGGAACUUAGUUGUAGCUGGAUUACCGUCAAGGGUAAGGUACAUCAAUUCGUCGUUGGUGAUAAACACCAUCCUCAGACAGAUAACAUAUAUGAAAAGUUGAAAGAAUUAAACCAUUAUUUUACCAAAGUUGAAAGUGUCCUUUUAACGGAAGAGGAUGUGUCAUUUGGUUUGCCGGAGCGUAAACAGCAGCUUUUGGAGCACAGCGAGAGACUUGCCAUAGCAUUUGGGCUCAUAUCUGUAUCGAGCAAUGCUCCUAUAACUAUUUUCAAGAAUCUCCGGGCAUGUAAACACUGCCAUGAUUUUGCAAAACAUGUAUCAAUGGUUACAGGACACAGAAUCACUAUUAGAGAUUCAUGCAGAUUCCAUCACUUCUACUCGGGGAAAUGCUCUUGCAAUGACUAUUGGUGAUUUUUGCAAUUUGUUUUUACCAUGACAGAUAUGGAGUUCAAAACCCAAGAAUUGCUUACUGCUUUUGCUCCUGUUGAAUUUGCCAGAGCUUCCGCAUCUGAUUGCCUGCGGCUUAAAAUCAUAUGUUGCUUCUUGAGAUCACACUUAUCGGGCACCUCA